CAUCCUUCUCUCAAAGUAACGUCAGGCAUCAAGACGCUGUUAUUAUAAACAUUGUCGCGCCUUGGUAACUGAGCCGUCCCGCAUAUUGGCUAAGGAAGGCUGGGGCGGAGGGGAGGGGGAAGACGGGGGAUUAGAUGUGUACGGCGGAGGAUAACGCGGUGGACGGUGAGGCGGCCGUGCCCUGGAUGGCGUGUGGCGUAGGGGCCGCAGACAGGGCAGCGAGUCAGCGCCAGCGCCAGCCCCAGCCCGGCCUCGACAUGUCCGACAAGCACCCCGAUUGCAGCCGGGUGUCGCAACUGGAGUGCGAACUCUACUACCUGAUAGCCCGUUUCCUCAUGUCUGGGCCGUGUCAGAAGUCAGCACGGGUCCUGAUCCAGGAGCUCGAGGAGCACCAGUUGAUCCCCCGGCGUCUAGACUGGGAAGGGAAGGAACAUCGCAGAAGCUUCGACAAUCUGGUUUCAGCCAACAAACAUGUUUCUUCAGAUCACUUGUUGCAGAUUUGUCAACGAAUUGGCCCCCUUUUGGAUAAGGAAAUCCCACCUAGUGUUCCCGGAGUGAAAACCUUGCUCGGAGUUGGGCGGCAAUCAUUGUUGCGGACUAUAAAAGAUUGCAAACAUGUACUGUGGAAAGGUUCGGCCUUUGCUGCCCUUCAUCGUGGAAGACCACCAGAACCACCUGUCAAUUACGGAAAAUCUCCAAAUAUUGUGAAUAUUGCUACUGCAAAGCAACUGACAGGAUGUGGACGGCAUAGCUAUGUUUUUCCUGUUGUGGCUUAUCAACAUGUGAAAAUGUACAAGAGGAUACUUGGGCAUCUUUCCUCUGUAUAUUGUGUAGCUUUUGAUCGUACAGGGAGGAGAAUUUUCACAGGUUCAGAUGAUUGUUUGGUGAAGAUUUGGGCCACUGAUGAUGGGCGUCUUCUGUCUACUCUUCGUGGCCACUCUGCAGAGAUUUCUGAUAUGGCUGUUAACUACGAGAACACAUUGAUUGCUGCAGGCAGCUGUGAUAAAGUGAUCCGUGUUUGGUGCUUACGGACAUGUGCUCCUAUCGCUGUGUUGCAAGGGCAUACUGGAUCUAUCACUUCUUUAUUGUUUUGCCCUAAUACCAGGGGAAAAACACGAUACUUGACGUCUACUGGUGCUGAUGGGACUAUCUGCUUUUGGCAAUGGAAUAAAGAGAAUAUGAAAUUUAAUAAUCUUCCAGUGAAAUUUACCGAUCGAUCCAGACCAGCAAGUCAGAUUUCCUGUUCCUCUUUCAGUUCUGGGGGAAUGUUUAUAGCAACUGGGAGUACAGAUCAUGUGAUUAGGGUUUACUACUUGGGUUCUGGCUCACCAGAGAAAAUUUCUGAGCUGACAGCACAUACGGAUAAAGUUGUCGCUAUUCAGUUCUGCAACAGUAGCCACAGUUUAAGAUUUCUUAGUGGUAGCCGAGAUGGAACAGCUAGAAUAUGGCAAUAUCAACACCAAGAGUGGAAGAAUAUAGUCCUUGAUAUGUUUACAAAGUUACCAGGGAGCAAUUUGGUUCCCACAGAAGACAAAGUCAGUAAGUUGAAGGUAACCAUGGUAGCCUGGGAUCGUUGUGAUAGCACAGUAAUCACAGCAGUGAAUAAUUUUCACUUGAAAGUGUGGAACUCUUAUACUGGCCAGCUACUUCAUAUUCUCUCGGGUCAUGAUGAUGAAGUUUUCGUACUAGAGGCACAUCCAUUUGACUCCAGGAUUAUGUUGUCUGCAGGGCAUGAUGGCAAUAUAUUCAUCUGGGACCUUUCAAAAGGUACCAAACUCCGGAACUUUUUUAACAUGAUUGAAGGUCAGGGUCAUGGUGCUGUGUUUGAUUGUAAAUUCUCUGCAGAUGGACAGCAUUUUGCAUGCACAGACUCUCAUGGACAUGUACUGAUCUUUGGAUUUGGCUGCAGUAAGCUAUAUGAAAAGGUUCCAGACCAAAUGUUUUUUCACACUGAUUACCGUCCUCUUAUCCGAGAUUCCAAUAAUUAUGUACUGGAUGAGCAGACACAGCAGGCACCUCAUCUCAUGCCUCCCCCAUUUCUGGUUGAUGUGGAUGGAAACCCCCACCCGACACAAUAUCAGCGGCUGGUGCCUGGUCGGGAACAUUGCAUGGAUGAACAGCUGGUUCCACAGUUGGGGUACAUAGCAAAUGGUAAUGGCGAAGUAGUGGAACAGAUUAUUAGUCAACAGACAGAUGAUCAGUAUGAUCAGGAAACCAGUGUUCUAGAUGACGAUAUCAGAGACCUCCAACGAGAAAAUGAUGUGAGACAACGAAGUGAAGGAAUAUCUGUACCAGAUGGUCUUUACAGUAGAUCGAAUUCACUAGAUAGUGCCUUGUUGCCUUCACCGAAUAUUGGACUUCGACGGCAUGGUCAAAUUGAAGGUGUGCGACAAAUGCAUAAUAACGCUCCCAGAAGUCAAAUCGCUACAGAGAGAGACCUGAUGGCAUGGAGCAGGAGGGUUGUAGUUAUGGAGCUUUCAGCUGGAAUUAGCAGAUUUCAGGAGGAAUUGCGUCUUUGCAAAGGAGAUGGAGAAAUUAAUCUGUAUACAACUGAAAAAAGACGUAAACCAUUACAACCAGCACAGAAGGGUGAUGGUCAGGAUUAUUUUCCACAUUCAGGAAGGCGGACUCAACGCCGAAAUCAACAUUUUUAUCAAACACGUUCAACUGUGGAACGUCGUACUCGCAGUGUUCGUCACGUGGAGGAACCUAACAAUUCUUCAGAGCAGGAAAUGGAAACGGUAGAUGGAAGUGAUGGAACAUCUGAAGAGGCUGAAGAAGAGUGGCAGAGUGAAAGCAGUUCCAGUGAUUCCUCAAGCGAGUAUUCAGAUUGGACAGCAGACGCAGGCAUUAACUUGCGGCCACCCAAGCGACAGAUGAGGCAAAUAGUAAGGCACAACAGUAGCAGCUCUGAAAAUGAAAAAAUGGAUGAAAGAUUGCCUGCAAAACGUAAGAAAUCCAAACAGUCCAAACAAAAGAGACCCAGUGAACUUCUUGCAUUGGCAGGUGUGCCUGAAGAAGAAUGGAUUCCUCCAGCUUGGAUCAGAGAUACAGUUCCACGCCGGUCACCAUUUGUACCACAAAUGGGCGAUGAGGUUGUGUAUUUUCGUCAAGGACAUGAAGCAUAUGUGAAAGCUGUUAAAAAAGCAAAAAUAUGCAAUGUAAACCUUCAGAAGCAACCAUGGAUCAAAUUUAAACUCAGGGAACAAGAGAUUGUAAAGGUCAUUGGGAUCAAGUAUGAAGUUGGACCACCUACAUUAUGCUGUCUGAAACUUGCUCUGUUAGAUCCUAUAACUGGCAAAAUGUCUGGAGAAUGUUUUUCUAUUAAAUACCAUGAUAUGCCGGAUGUCAUUGACUUUUUAGUUUUGCGGCAAUUUUAUGAUGAAGCUAAAAAGAAAAACUGGAAAGUUGGGGACAGAUUUCGCAGUAUUAUAGAUGAUGCCUGGUGGUUCGGAUCUGUGGAGAGUCAGCAUCCUUUUCAGCCUGAGUAUCCUGACAGUUUAUUUCAGUGUUACAAUGUAUGCUGGGAUAAUAAUGAGUUGGAGAAGUUAAGCCCAUGGGAUAUGGAACAAAUACCUGAAAAUGCUGCCUAUCCUGAAGAAAUUGGUGCCAGUGUUCCUGUCACUCUUGAAGAGCUUAAAGGCUUGUUAUAUAAACCCAAAGAAGGUGAUUGGGGAGCCCGUUCUGCAGUUGAAGAAUGUGAACGCAUCAUUCAGGGAAUUGAUCAACUCCUUACACUUGAAAUAGCUGUGCCAUUUUGUGCUCCAGUGGAUCUCCAUGCGUACCCAUUGUACUGUACCGUGGUUGCGUAUCCAACAGACCUGAGCACUAUCAAGAAGAAAUUGGAAAACCGAUUUUAUAGGACAAUUUCUGGCCUCAUGUGGGAAGUAAGGUACAUUGAACAUAAUGCUAGAACUUUCAAUGAGCUUGGCAGUCCUAUUGUGAAAUCUGCAAAGUUAAUUACAGAUGUCUUACUACAGUUUAUUGGGGAUCAGAGCUGCACCAGUAUCUUAGAGUUAUAUGAAAAAACUAAGACAGAAGUAUUUAGUGGUGAUGAAAAUGAAAAGGCUUCAGAGUUGGAUUCUGAUGCUCCCGGGACCUCCUCAGACACAAUAUGUCGGCUCCCAAGGCAAUUGAAUAGAAGAUCACCAUUAAACAUUGACAUGAAUGCUUGGAAGGAACAGUGUAGGGAGUUUCUGAAUCUUGUAUUUCAGUGUGAAGAUUCUGAACCUUUUAGACAGCCAGUGGACCUCUUCGCAUAUCCUGACUACAAGGAUAUCAUAGACACUCCAAUGGACUUUAACACAGUAAAAGAAACCCUUGAAGGGGAGAAUUAUGAAACUCCUCUGGAGUUUUGCAAGGACGUUCGAUUAAUAUUCAGCAAUGCCAAAGCUUACACACCGAACAAAAAAUCAAGGAUAUACAGCAUGACGCUCAGGUUAUCUGCCUUAUUUGAAACACAAAUUCAAAAAAUCAUCUCUGACUACAAGCUUGCCUUGAAGUGCCAAAAGAACAGCAGACCAAGACAAAAGUAUCGGAAAAGAUUCAAAAGCAGCAGCAGCAGCAGCAGCAGUAGUAGUUCUCGGUCCAGCAAUAAGGGCAGUUCUCAGUCUAGCAGCAAGAGCUCAUCCCAGUCUAGUAGCAGAAGCAGUUCUCGGUCCAGAAGCAAUUCUCGGUCCAGUAGCCACGCAUCCAGCCCAGAACGCAAAGCAGCAAACACCCCUGAAAUAAUUCUGACUGCUUCACCAUCUUGUUUCGUAAGAACAAUCUCAUCAAGGUCAUCUCCAGUUUCAGAAAUGGAUGAACUUUCAGGACGAUUGAAUCUUGAUGUUACGCAGCCACAGGUAUCACCACAUCCUGAGUGGGAUUUGCAGAACAGAAUUGAAAGUGAUUCAGAGUCUGAAAGUACGAACAUAAUAAGGAACGUAACUACACCAAUAAAGCAAGAUCAAUUGUCCAUUGGUUCUUUAGUUAAUGGUCAUGAAACACGUAGUUCCACUAAAAGAAAGUUAAUGAGUGACUCGGAAGAAAGUGAUUUGGGGAGUACAAACCAAGAGGAGAUGAAUUAUGCUACACAAUUAGACAAUGGUGCAUCAGCCACAUCUGGCCCAGGAUCUGAAUGUGGGCCAGAAUCCAUUUCAGGGGCCGACAAAGAUCAUGUUGAAGGUGAUCACGAUUACAGCAAGAUUGUGAGAAGGAAGUCAAAAGCAAAAGGAAAUAUAAAAAAUAGAGUAGAAGUAAGAAGAAAGAGGAGGAGGAGGAGGAGAAAGAAAGGCUUCAAAUUUACCACACCAACAAGCAAAUAUAAACGAGCACGACUGUUGGAUGACUGGUUUGAUGAAGAUGAAUUGUGUGUUGAUGGAUUAAAUAAAUGUACCACAAUUAGAACUAGAAACCAAGGCAGAAGGACAGUUUUAUACAAUGAUGACUCUGAUGAUGGCUUCGUACCAGCUGAUGAGCCCCUAAAUCUUGGCAUAUCACGAUCAGGAAGAAUGCGACGAAUGACAGAAAAAGCUAAGGCAAGUCAUCUGAUGGGAUGGAGUCACUGACUGUUAACCACAAGAACAUUUUAAGAUGCGUUUAUUUAUACUGCAGGGAUUUGAUAUGCACAUUAUUUUUACUAAUUUAUGUGGGAGGGUUGUUGGGUGGGUGAUGAGGGUUAUGUUCACACUAUUAUUUUCUCGUAAUGGUGCUUAUCCCAGUCAUCAAAUUGCACUUCGGUCUUCCAAGCCGAUGUUUAUUGACUGCUCAAUCCAACCUCAGAAACUAUAUAUCCUUAAUGCAUUGGAAAAUAUCACUGUGCAUCAGGGUCAACAGCAAAAGUGCUUUGCGAUUUUUUUUAGCAGACCUGGAUAGUUUCUGAUUUCUAUAUAUCAACCAAACACAUGACAGAGUUCAAUUAAAUUCUGGCGAUAACUUCAGUAAUAAGCAUGUACCAAUUUUUGCACAAUUCUUCCAGUCUCAGUGGCAGCUAUUAAAGGUUUACAAUAUAACUAUCCCUUCACUAAUUAAGAUUCCAGCUUAUUUGAUCUGCACUGUCUGUUUUUUGAUUUGGUAAUUGUAAUAUAUAUUAUGUGUGCUAAACUUUUUAUUUUGUGGAUUACUUCUGUAUUCAUUUGUGUAUUUUUUUCUUACAGUGCUAGAAAUAAUGAGCGAAUAAUGAGUGGUGCCUUUGUAAAUGUGUUUAAUUUAUGUAUGAGUGAUAUUUAAUGUUUUGCAUUAAUUUUGGACAGGUUAAGGAAUAUGAACUUCAAAGCUGUUUGAAAUGUUGUUCAGACCUACAAAGAGCUGAGAGGUUUAAAAUUGCCUAAUCCUUUUCCAUUUUUGAUUUGUUUUUCAAAAUCCUUCCAUUUUAGCAGUCUUUCCUACUCAAAAUUACUGCAUUGCCUUCUUUCAACAAAGAAAUUUAAGGUGAUCAUGUUUUACAGAUGACAUUGUUGCUGUUGAAAAUAUCUGUCCUUGAUCAUUUCUUGUUUUUUGGUGAAAAAACAACUAUCUGAAUAUCACCAGUUAAUUAGACUAUCUGCAGUAUUGAGUUAACAUUAGAAGAUUGAUCCACCAAAAGGUGUUUGUAGGUAGCCAAUAACAUUGCUCUGGGACAGUUGAAUACCAACUCAAAAUUGUCAAGUUACUAUACAUUCUGUUUGCAUGUUAGCUAUAAGCAUGUUGUGGUAGAUAAUUUAGGGGGCCCCUUUAGCCCCCCUGUUACUCUUUUACAGUUUGCUUUUCACUCCCUCUAAGCCUUUCUAGGAGGAUGAUUUAGUUUAGUAAGUCCGAAGUUUAAAUAAGACUUUGAUUUCAGACCUAGUUCACCAGAAAUUAGACUUUGAAUUUCCAAUAGGGUCUUGAAUAUGAUAUCUUAUUUUCACUGAAGAAAUCCUAACAUGUAAAGAAAUGAGAAGCUGCCCCUUUUUCAAAGACAAAGUUAUGUACUCUUCAAACCAUUAUUUGAUGGAUAGCUCUGUACACAUUUAACUCACCACUUUCUGUUCACAUGCAUUCAAUUACUGAGUGAUUUAAUAUAUGAAACACCAGGUUUAUAUACAAGGAGAUCCAGUUUUCAUUGCUCGGGGGGGGGAGGAGGGAAUAUGAUUAUAAGAUUUUCUGAGAAGUCAGUGUUCUUGAUAUAUUAAAUCAUUUUAACAAACUAUACAUUUGUUUCCCCCAAAUUUGACCCCCACUCUGUUCUAUCAACAGCUCUAUUUCUCCCUUCCCCGCCCGUCCCCAGAUGUAAGAUAGGCAUUGUAGAGGUUCUAUAAAACUACUUCAAAUUUAAAGUGUUUCACUAAAGUUGCUUAAGGAAUGAGAUCAUCUCUAAUUGAAGUUUUACAAGGAAAUCUAGAAUCCUAUUUAUUUUUCUACAGAAAAUGUACUUAGAGCUCAUUGUUUCUGUUAUUUUAAAUAGAUUAUGCAAAUUUUUGUAUACCAUUCUGGGCAUUUUGUAAACUUCUAAUCAUGAUUGCACAAUCAAACUUUGAAUUGUAUUGUGAUACGUUGAAAAAGAAUAUAUUACUCACCAAAUACUGAAGCGCAACUCUAGUGAAAUGCCUUACAAUUUUGUUUGAAGAUUUAAUGGUAGGAAGGUACUGGGUGUUUCAUCUUCCCUUGAUGGAGACACUUUUCCAACUACUGAGAAAACAAUGUAUGAACUACUCUCAGUUGUCAUUGUAGAUUUCAACCAAAAUCUUCCAGGUAUGUUGCUUAAAAAAUGGACCAGAUUUUUUCGAUAAAUUGACUUUAAAUCUACAACAUUUCACCAAAUCCUUAAUCUUGGCAGCAGUCCUUCUUUUAUAUAUGUGAACACAAAUCUAUUUUAAGAAGUCAGCAUUUCAGGGAUUUUUUCUUGUCAGUUAGGCAGACCAAAUGUAAUGUUGAUAUGCAAAGAUAUACUGUGAGUUGCAUCUGACAAUUUUUGUACUGUAAAAAGUGUACAUAUGUAAGCUUUUUGUUUAUAAAAUAGCUAUUACACCUGC